UCUUGCCUGGUGUGUUUAUAGUGCGGCUCCUGUUACUAUGAAGAUCAGGUACAAUACACAUCACUGUGUUUGCCAGUAAAGGAGAAACAUUAUAAGAAUAUCUGACAAAAUCAGUUGCUGAACAAGAAAAUGUCUGACAAGACCGAGAACCAAACUUUAGAGCUUCCUGAUGCACACGGAGGUAAUGUUAAGCCUGAAAUCACACUUAAUACUGAACAAACAAAUUAUCUGGGUUUAAAGAGCCAACUGGAAGCUGUGAAGCAGGAAAUCAGUAACAAUAUCAGUACAGGUAGAGUCACAAACUGCAGUUAUCCUUGUCAUGGUCAACAUGCUGAUGCUUCUGUCAAUCUUUUUCAAAAUCAAGGAAGUCACACAAGACAUAUAUGUUCUGAAUGUGGGAAAUGUUUUACCAGGAAAUCAAAUCUUAUUAUACAUCAGAAAACUCAUACAAGAGAGAAAGCGUAUGCAUGUUCUGAAUGUGGGAAAUGCUUUACUCUAAAAUCAUCUCUUUUUAAACAUCAGAAAAUUCAUACAGGAGAGAAAGCAUUUUCGUGUUCUGAAUGUGGGAAAUGUUUUACACAGAAAACAAACCUUGUUACUCAUUUAACAAGUCACACAGGAGAGAAACCAUUUUCAUGUUCUGAAUGUGGAAAAUGUUUUACUCGGAAAUCAAAUCUCAUUAAACAUCAGAGAAUUCAUACAAAAGAGAGUGAAGCAGUCUCAUGUGCUGAAUGUGGGAAAUGUUCUACCCAGGAAUCACAUCUUGUUACAGGGCGUCUAGAGGAAAAUCCGGGCACUGGGCUAUUAAAUGUGAAGGAAGAGGAUGAGACAGAUGACAUGAAUAGUCAUCAGACUGAAAUACAUUACUCCCUCCCUGCCGGUGAGUAGUAAUACGUGAGAGUCUGCCGGGGCUGUGCACACAGUUACUUACUGAUCUCCCUGCCUGCCAGUGAGUAGUAAUACGUGAGAGUCUGCCGGGGCUGUGCACACAGUUACUUACUGCUCUCCCUCCCUGCCGGUGAGUAGUAAUACGUGAGUCUGCCGGGGCUGUGCACACAGUUACUUACUGCUCUCCCUCCCUGUCGGUGAGUAGUAAUACGUGAGA